AUGGGAUCGGAUCUGAUUUAUUGUAAUUGUUGUUGUGAAGCAUAUCAUCCAGGCUGUUUAAAUAAUUAUGAACGUCCUCGAUUAAAUUUAUUAUCUGAUUCAUGGUUAUGUCCAAAUUGUAAUGUAUGUAAUAUAUGUGGUUUAUUAACUCAUCGAAAUUUUUUAUCACGAAUGACAAAUGAACAAAAUUUAUCUUCUCAAUUAUUAUCUUGUUUUGAUUGUAAAAGAAAUUUUCAUAUAAAAUGUAUAAAAAAAUUAAAAGAUGAUCAAUUUAAUGAAUUAACUAAUCUUACUAAUAAUAAUAAUACAGCUGUAUCUCUAUCACGUUUAUCAAAUAGUUAUUUAAUAAAUCAAACAUGGUUUUGUCCAUCAUGUAUUAAAUGUGAUUGUGGACAAGCAUUAAUAUCAAAUGAACGUAAUAUACUUUCAUUAACAAAAACAUUUUCAUCUCAACAAUCACUUAUGUGUAUUGAUUGUUUAAAUAAUAUAAAAUUAAUUCGUAUACAAAAAAAUGAUAAUAUUGAAAAAUGUCAUUUAUGUGAAAAAUAUAUUGAACAAAUUUUAUUUAAACAACAACAAAAACAAAUAAAUUAUUUUUUACAAUGUAUUAAAUGUAAAAAUCGUUUUCAUCCAAAAUGUGAUGGAUAUUUAAAUGAAGAUGCUGAAAUAAUACCACAUAUUAAACAUUUAUGUUUAAAUAUUAUUUGUUCAAAAUGUGAUUUAGAUGAAAAAGAAAAAAUUAAAAAAUAUUUAAUGGAUUAUAAACUUCAAUGUAAGAAAAUAAAUAGCUUUUCGAUAGAUUAAUCAGAUUUUUAUUAGAACACUAUAUGGUAUUUGUAGACGAAAAAAAAAGACUCACUGACAGUGACGUAUCCAGGAUUUUUCAGUAUGCUGAAUCUCGACUUCCGAGUGUGGGACCCAGAUGAAACUCAUGGAGGGGGAUGCUGAGUCCAAA